AUGCUGCUCGCCGCCCUGCUGCUCCCCCUUCUCCCACUUGCGGUGGCCCUCGCAUCCCCCCCACAGGUCUUUGUAAACACCGCCAUCGCACGCACACUCGAACUCGCAGGUGCCACAACCCAUGUCACCACCCAGUACAACAUCAAAGCCCUCGUCGACGCCCCUGGAGAGUACCACCUCGCCCUGGCAGGAGACGGCGAUCUGAUACCGGCCUGGUGGGAGGUUGCUAUCGCCGGAAAAGCUGCAGAUGGACUUGCUAUUCUGAGCGACAGGCCGCCUACAGUGUCGGUCCCUCUGGGACAUUUGAAGAAGGACGAAUCUAUCACAUUAUCGCUGGCACAUGUCCUCGAUCACCAAAGCAGACCACUCCCUGCAGAAAUCGCUCAGACCGACGCGCAGUAUCUGCUCUUCACCACCAACUCUACUUAUGUAGACAGCUGGUACCCCACUGAUGUCGAGCGCGUCAAAGUUCGAUCUCCCCAUGUCAUCCUCACCCACGGCUCUGUCUCUGAUGCCUACACACGCGACAAUGUCAUCACCAAAGCCGGCACCUCUCUUACCCUCGGUCCCUUCCACUCCCUUCCAGCCACUCUUGGAGAUGCCAAGGUCAGGCAGGAGCCUUUCACUGUGCACUACGAAAACAAGGAAUCUGUCAUUGGUAUCACCACCUUGAAGCGAAGUGCCGAGGUUAGCCACUGGGGCGCCAACUUGAACAUUCAGGAUGAGAUCUCUUUGGCCAACAUCGGUCCCAAGCUCAAGGGUCACUUCUCUCGACUGGCACACCAAAUGUCCCGAUUCCACGCCUCCUCCCCUGCCCAGAUCCUCGCCGAGCUCACCCUCCGCACCCCUCCCACCGCGCACUCCCCUUACUAUUACGACACCAUCGGUAACGUCUCUACUUCCCAUUUUCGACAAGGCGUUACUCCCGCUCAGACCAAGCUGAAGAGCAAGGGCCGCAGUCCUAGGACUGUUGACGGUUUCCUCGAGUUGAAGCCCCGCUACCCCCUCCUUGGUGGCUGGAACUACAGCUUCACAGUAGGAUACGAUAUCCCUCUUGGGGAUGUGCUCAAGGUGGAUAAGGCGAGCGACAAGAAGGUCUUGGCUGUCCCAUUCUUGACUGGUAUCAAGGAUGUCGUUGUGGACGAUGCGGAGGUGACCAUUGUUUUGCCGGAAGGAGCUGUUGGCAUCGAGAUCUACACACCUUUCCCUGCUGACAGCAUCUCUCACUCCAUCCACAAGACAUACCUUGACACUACUGGCCGACCCCAGAUCACCAUCAAGAAGGCUCGGUGCACUGAGCAACAUGCCAAGAAUGUCUAUGUGACAUAUCACUACCCCUUCUCCGCCCAGAUUCAGAAGCCUUUGGCUGUGGCGUCAGUCGUGGGAAGUCUAUUCUUGUUGGGAAUUGGAUUGAGGCGAGUGAAUUACAGCAUUGACAAGAAGUAA